UACAUGGAAUAAUGAGAACAUCUGUCAAGAUUUAAAGCAUAGAGAACGCUUGAAUAUAUAACUGUGACCCGUGUGUGCUACUGGAUUUAGACACCUGUGCGAAAUGACGCGUAAUAUGGAAGAAAUGCGUAGUGCGCAUAUUGCACACGUAUAAGAUCUUAUACACUUGUUAAUAGGUUUGUAAGGCAUAUACAAGGAGUGGUUUUCUUGACACGUGUAGGUUUUGUUUAUAGUACUAUGGAAGGGGAUGAGCCUAGAAACAAUUAAGGAAAACGUCACAGCGCUGCUGGGUGAGCUGUGUACGGGUAAUGUCAUUUCAGAAAGGGUUCUGUAUGGAAAUAGGACUUGAGGAAAAAGGUGCAUUUGACCGGUUCCUAUAAACAAAAAGUUGGUUUCUCACUGUGAGGAUGCCCUGCGUGCCAGGAGGGUGAUGUCAUAAAGAAAACACCUCACACCCUGGGAAAGAGACAUGGGAAUUGUGGGACUGUUGAUAUUCCUCCUGAAGGGGACAGAGCACCUCAAGCUGUUCCACAUGCACCUGCUGCUCUCAGUGUUCCAGAACCUCCUUCCUGUGAUUGCCGGGACUCAUGGAGCUGCACGACUACAGCUUUCCCACACAGAUCUCCAGACAUCCAACAAUUCAGCAGCCUUCUGGGCUUACAGAGAGAGUUCAAGCUAUCAAGCCCUGCUGCUGGAUGAGGACCGUGGGUGGCUUCUGGUUGGGGCCAAAGAUCACAUCUUCAUGCUACGCUCUGAUAACCUAAAUGAGCCAGCACGCAAGAUCUAUUGGCCAGCUGCAAAAGAGCACAUUGAACACUGCAAACUGGCAGGAAAGAAUGCAGAGACAGAAUGUUCUAAUCAUGUAAGGCUCCUACAGCCUUUUAACAAAACCCACGUGUAUACCUGUGGAACAGGUGCUUUUCACCCACUUUGCACCUAUAUUGACCUUGGCCACAAUCUAGAGGAACCCACAUUUCGGUUGCUCCGUCAUGCUGUGGAAUCUGGGCGAGGGAAAUGUCCCUAUAGCCCUCUGGAACCAUUCACAGCAAAGCUCACAGAUGGAGAGCUCUAUGCUGGAACGUCAGUUGACUUUAUGGGGACGAAUGCUGCCAUUUUUCGAUCCCCUGUCCAGGGAAUCAGCCAGCAUUACAUUCGGACUGAGGCCAAUCAAGAUCAGUGGCUCAAUGAGCCAGAGUUCAUUGGUUCCUUUUCCAUUCCGGACACACACAGCCCAGAUGAUGAUAAAGUGUAUUUCUUCUUCAAGGAGACAGCAGUGGAAUCAAUCCAGUGGGACAAGCGCAUAUACACCAGGGUGGCACGAGUCUGUAAGAAUGAUGUUGGUGGGAAGAGGAGCCUGAUUAACCGUUGGACGACAUUUCUUAAAGCAAGGCUGGUGUGUUCUGUGCCAGGGCCGGAUGGCAUGGACACCUACUUCGAUGAAUUAGAGGACAUCUUUCUUCUUGAGACGAAAGAUUCACAAAAUCCUCUUAUAUAUGGAGUCUUCUCCACAUCCAGUGCUGUGUUCAGGGGCUCAGCCGUGUGUGUGUAUUCUAUGGCUUCCAUCCGCGCUGCCUUCAGUGGACCUUUCUCGCACAAGGAAGGGCCCGACUACCGCUGGGUGGAAUACAAAGGAAGGAUUCCAUACCCUAGACCUGGCACUUGUCCCAGCGAGACCUAUGACCCUUUGCACAAAUCAACUCGGGACUACCCAGACGAUGUCAUCAGCUUCAUGAGAGGUCAUCAUCUAAUGUGGGAGCCGGUGCUGCCCCUCAACAGGCGGCCCAUCUUCAUGAGGACUGGCGCCCCCUACCUCAUCAAGAAGGUGGUGGUGGACAGAGUGGAAGCAGAGGAUGGGCAGUACGACGUCCUGUAUCUGGGAACUGACAACGGCAAGGUGCUCAAAAUAAUUGCCAUUCCAAAAGAUAACUGGGAGACAGAGGAGAUAGUUCUGGAAGAGCUCGGUCUUUUUCAGAAACCAACGUCUGUCCUCAGCAUGGUGCUUUCAACAAAAUGGCAACAGCUGUACGUGAGCAGCCAGUCUGGCGUCACCCAGGUGUCUCUCCAUCGCUGUGACCUCUACGGGACGGUCUGUGCCGACUGCUGCCUUGCCAGGGACCCGUACUGUGCUUGGGAUGGCACCUCCUGCAGCAGAUACUUCCCCACCAACAAGAGACGUGCACGGAGGCAAGAUGUCAAAUAUGGAGACCCCAAGAGCCAGUGUCAUGAUCUGGGAGAUGGUUUGGAUGCAGUGGAGGACAAGGUGAUCUAUGGGGUGGAAACCAGCUCCACUUUCCUGGAGUGUGUCCCCAAGUCCCAGCAAACCAGUAUCAGAUGGACUGUACAGCACCAUCCAGGAAAGCACAGCAAAGAGCUGAAGAGUGUGGAGCGGUUUGUGACCAUGGAGAGAGGGAUCCUCAUUCAGCGGCUGGAACAAGGAGACGCAGGCCUUUACUCCUGCCUGGCUGAGGAACACGCCUUCUCCCACCCCAUCACCCACUACACCCUCCACGUCAUCACCCAGCAGCAGAUUACGGCUCACCCAGGCAAGGACAGGAGUGGGGAACCAGGGCUAGGAAGCACCCCCAUGCGACACAGCUCCUCUGCAAUCGAGCAGAUCCAGCGACACUACAAGGACUACGUGCAGCUGAUGAGCGUCUCGGGGCUGAGCGCUGACGAAUACUGCGAGCAGCUGUGGUUCAGGGAGAAACGCAAGCAGAAGAUGCGCAAUCUGAAGUGGAAACAGGCAGUUGAAAACAAGAAAGGGAGAGUCCGCAGACACCCUGCUUCUGUAUGACUUGAAGAAUAGACUGUCUGAGCAGAUAGGGUACUGACCUUCAGACAUCCAGCAGCCUGAGACUGGUCUUGUUAGUGCCAGCGAACCCAUACCAGCCCACUUUGAAAAAAGCUAGUUGGUUUAUUCACUUCCCUUCAUUUCCAGGAAUGCCCUCUCUAGGUGCACAUGGGUUUUAAUAUGCCCCAUAUUAUCUAACUGGGACUUUAUGAAGGUGGAUAUAAAAAUUGCUGAUAUUUGAAAGUACUUCAUAGUGCUCACAUUUGUAGGACAUGUUUUUUUUUUCAGUCAUGGGAUGCAAGCAACUAAAGGCGAUGCCAUUUUAUGUAACUCAGAUAUUUUCACAUCUGGAAAAUAUGCAACCGAAAUGGCCUGUUGAGUCACACGACGAAUAACGGUUUAGUACACUGUGUAUUGUGAAAUAUUACAUUCCUCUGUUCUUCCUCAUAACUGAGGACGAAGCUUACAUUUAUAUUGAAUGUAAUAAAUAUCUCUCAUUUUGGAAAUGGCAGAGAUACAAUAUGUGCAAAAUGGUUUGUGUUCUAAAGAAGCAACACAUUUUCCAGCAGAGUGAUACCUUCAUGCAAAUGUUACAUAAGCUACUCACUACUGUAUAUAUAAGUAAUUACUUAUCUGUUUCUAUAUUUUAGCAAAAUGGUAGAUUAAUGGAAAGGGAAAAUAAGUACUGAACCAAAUAUUUUGUUGAGAGCUGAAAAUACAUUUUAUAACAAAGCCUAAAUCUGGCAACACAUACUGAAGCAUUGGUUUAAUAUUUUACAUUUCUUCGAAAGAAAAUGCCAUCAGAGAAGCAAUUUAUUUAUAUUCUACUUUACUUUAAUACUUCUGCUUUGAUGGAUGCACAGAGUGAUAAUAUAUUGCUUUUACAAUACUGGAUUGAUUUAGGCCAUGAAUACUGCUUUAUCUUUAUGUCAUUUUGUGAAUCAGUUUCACUUUUUUGUUAUUGCUAUGAAUUAUUGAACAUCUGCAAACACUUUGUGCAGCUGAAUAUAAAGAUUAGCUAUUGCCAAUUUUCCUCUGCAUUUAUUUUAUCUGUAUGAAUCGAUUUUUUGGUAUUUUAUUUUUUCAAACCAUCUAAUGCACACAGUUUAAUUAAGGUAUUUAUAAUAUAGGGAUGACUAAAAAGGCUUUUUACGUUUGGAUUCUUCAUAACAUCGUGAUAAAAAUAGCAAAACGUUCCUCAUUGUGUCAGUAUUGAAAGAAUCGUGCUUUCAAAGUACAGUAAUUUAAGUUUAAGGUAGGAUUUUUAGAUGCAGUAGCACCACCUAGUGUUUUUCUUAAGUCCACAGCAGGCAGGUGAUUCGUUAGCGGUGAUCAGAACGAAUUUCUGUUGUGCUGUUGAAGAAUGAAAAGAAACUUCACUAUUGAUUUAAUUGUAAAAACACAUGACACAUGGUGCAAUUUAUGGAGAGUUCCUACUUAAUAAAAGAAAUAAUAAUAAUAGGUUAGAUUAUUCUUUUCAACCAUGCAUCAAACUGUGCCAGUAUUUUUCCCCACUGAAACUAAUAAUCAAAGUAUAUGGAAUACUGAGUAUUUGGUUACUGAAAGAGUAAAAGCUUCGGUUUAAACAGCUUGUGUUCAGAGAUGUAUUUAUCUCCGCCCAGCUGACAAACUGAACAUUGAUAUUGAUACAUAUUGAAUAUAUAGAUCAAAACACACUUUCAAUUUUUUAAACGUCUACCAUUAAACAAUUUUGAAUGGUUGAAAAAAUGUUUUUUUAUUUACAGUAGCUUAUGUGUCACACAUGAAAUCUGCUAAAAUUCGGAUGUCAAACUUAUUUAACAGUGAACAGCAAACUGUUAACACAAACAAAUGUCUACUAUGAUUUUGUUUCUGAAACAUUCGCCUUCGGGGUGGGGGUGACAAGCAUCACCCUGAGUCAUCUUUCCUGUUUCAGGUAUUGCUCAUCUCAGAGCUACUGAGCCUCAUAAAUAAGUAAUCUCUGGUAAAACAGCGAAAAUGUGAUUUGUAACAGCUACUUUUUUACUUCUGACUUAGCACUUAAUAAUAUUUCUCAAAGUUUUCCCACUGUGAUAAAACCAAAACUUUAAAGGACAUAAUAACUGGAAUAAGUUAAUUGUGUUGUAAACAGAACUAAAACGGUCUGUUUUGUGCACAUUUUUUUUGUGCAAAACAACACUACACUGUAUCACUGUAAAUUAUAGUCAACUUGUAGUCCUUGAAUUGAGCUAUAUUGUAUUUUUGAUUGAAUGGUACAUUUAAUUAAUACUUGGGUGUGUUAUUAAAAAUUACAAAAAAAAAACCGGACAUAAUUUAUUUUGUAAUUUCUUUAUUUUUUAAUGAUCUUUAGUGUACCUCUGGUGGAAGGGAAUGGUAGAUUUCCUAUACAUCUUAUACAGUAGCCUAUUCAGUAAAACGCUAAAAGAACUCGUUUAGCAGAACUGAACGGAAAACGUCGGGUUAAGAAGUUAAAUCUGCGCGUAAACACUGAUUGUUUUCCUAUCAGGAUGACAAUAGGGACUCUGGAAAUUUAUGAAUAUGUUUUUCUUUUUGGGAUUUUAUUUUAAUGUAAACAGGAACAAUCUAUAUAUUGUAUGUAUAACCAUGUCGCUUACAAGUCAGUAAAAUAUGAACGUCAGUCUAGCCGCGUUGUCGCUGCGCUCCGCAAGGAUACAGUAUAUCAAUCCAUUAUAUGGACUUUUUUAGCGUUUAUAAACCUUAGAUAUAUCGGUCUGUAUAAUAAUAAUCUUUCCUUUCAUGUAACUGUCCUAAGUGUAAGAAAUAAGGACAAAGAGAUGCUUUUGCCAUUAAAACUGACUGGAUACGUUUCAUAAUAUUGUUAGAACUUAAGGCCAUCUCGAAAAACAAUAGGUAGAAAGGGAGCUGUUUACCUAGCUGUGAGAGACAGAGGAUAAAAGAAAACCUUAUACUCUGGUUAAUCGAAACUGAAGAAAAACAUUUAAAACACAGAUACAUAUCACAAGACACAGUAGAGAGACAGGUCAGAGAAAGGGGAUGAAGAGACAGAGGGAGACAGGGAACUAACAGAAAGAAGAGAGAUGUUCUGUUCUUGGAUUUGGUGAUUAUGCAUUUUAGAAUAGGUACUGUACAGUAGAUUCUUUUACCUUUGGACAUACAGGAUUAUAGGAAUGGAUAUUUAGCACUGGGUUAUAUUAUGUCAAUUUAGUUCAAGUUGGUAGUUGUGUCAGCAUGCGUAGGUUGCAAAGGAACAAUUAAAGGUUUAUUCCAUGCUGAAAAGAGAAGAAAAGGAACACAACGUUUUGGCUUUGCAGCUUCGGGUCUUCGCGUGUGUCAAUUUAUGUCAAUUUAAGACGUCAAAUGUUUCUCCCGUUCACAUGUUUAGGCAUUAUAUACAGUAUAUGAUUUCAGGGUACAGGGUUAGUGUUCCGGGUUUCUGGGUCUGUAGAAUUUAGGCCUUGUUUUGUAAAUGGUGUAACAUUUAUGUUGCAUGUUGUGUAAUGUGUUGUGUUGUUUAAUUGUCGUUGUUAUUAUUAAUAACUUCAUUUUAAGUCUCUUCGCUUUGAACUAGGAAAUGUUUUUGAUGUCGUAAUUGAAAUUUUCUAUUGGACCAUGUGGUAAUAUGGUACGCUCAUCUGCAAAAGCUCUUGCAAAUGGGAUUUUCAAGUUAAAAUUUGAGACUUCAAGCCUUUUGUGGGACAAUGUAUUUUUUUAGAUUAACCUCACCACUAAGCAGUUUAAGAAGAAAUUUCUGAAGAAAUAGACACAAUAUUAUGAAAAAGACACAACAGGUUUCUUAUGAAGGACGACAGACAGGGAUUCAGAGUUUCAAAGUGAAUUUCUCCUUCGCAGUCCUUGAUACUGCUGCAGUAUUUACUUGGUUGUCGAAAGAUUUAAACAGAUGCAGUUUAAACAGCAGCCUGAGUCAGUAUUUGGCUUUCAAUGUGAUAUACAUAUUUUGUAAAGAAAACCGCAAAUGAGAUACGGAAUUGCAUACAGAAGUAAAGUCAGCAUGGACACAAGAAAAUAAAAAAACAUGUCGAUACAACAUGAAAUUCUUUUGGAAUUGUACAAAAGAACUAGUGAGUAAUACAAAAGAUAAGGCGUUUUAACAGUAUUGAGUGAUUUAAAAAAAUACUCGUUAAACUCCAUUCAUCAGUUUUAUUAUUUCUUUCUAUGUUGGAUUUGGUAAUAAUGGUAGCUAUAGCAUGCUAGUUUGUAACGCUAUUGGAUGUGUAAUAAAAAUGUAAUGGACA